AGUGCUUUCAGUUGCGUUGGGAAGAAGUUGGUGUAAUGGAUGAACAGGGGAGCAGUUAAUGCUAAACUUCAUAAGGUUGCCCUUGCUUUAUUGACUCUCGGUUCUUUGUUAUAAUUAAUUAUGACAUUUGAGUUAUUUUUCCUCGUUAAACUGUUACGGUGUGUGUUUAAGUGAUUUUAAUUAACGAGCAGUUAUCAGUGUUGUUUCUGCAGCUCAUUGUUGGUUGAAAAACCAGGACCUAUUUUUGGAUUAUCGUAUGUUGGAAUGGCUUUAGCCAGAGUAAAAUGGAAAUCUUAAUAUGAAAAUAUCAAUCCAUGAUGGUGAUAUUGUGAUUAGGCUGCCGGUGGUGAGUGACUGCCCGGCGGGUCAAACGGCACGGGUCAGUUCCAACCUGCACCCGACAAGCAGUAUGGCCGUAAGCCGUGUGCCCAGUCCACCGCCCCAGGAGGUCAACACCCCCGUCGCCGAAAACUGGUGCUACACGCAGGUGAAAGUGGUAAAAUUCAGUUACAUGUGGACGAUCAACAACUUCAGCUUUUGCCGCGAGGAGAUGGGCGAGGUGCUGAAAUCGUCCACGUUUUCAGCUGGGGCCAACGACAAACUAAAAUGGUGUUUACGGGUGAAUCCAAAGGGCCUGGACGAAGAAAGCAAGGACUACCUGUCGCUGUACCUUUUGCUGGUGUCGUGUAACAAAAGCGAGGUACGGGCGAAGUUCAAAUUCAGUAUCCUAAACGCGAAAAGGGAAGAAACGAAGGCCAUGGAGAGUCAGCGAGCCUACCGUUUCGUACAGGGCAAAGACUGGGGUUUCAAGAAGUUUAUACGGAGGGAUUUUCUCCUUGACGAGGCCAACGGACUUCUGCCAGAUGACAAACUAACAAUCUUCUGUGAGGUUAGUGUAGUAGCUGAUAGCGUGAAUAUUUCGGGCCAGUCGAAUACAAUACAGUUCAAAGUACCUGAGUGUCGUCUCUCGGACGACCUAGGACUCCUUUUUGAAAACCAAAAAUUUAGUGAUGUAACUCUUUCGGUGGCUGGACGAGAAUUUCAAGCGCAUAAGGCCAUCUUGGCAGGUAUACUUUUGAACGAUUCACAUGGCUUAAAAACGUUUCUUCCUGUGAAAGUUAUGGUGAAAGUGAAAUAUGCUUUAGAAAGGUUAAAGGUCAUGUGUGAGGAGGCGUUAUGUACCAAUCUAUCGAUAGAGAAUGCUGCUGAGAUUUUGAUACUUGCGGAUUUGCACAGUGCCGACCAACUGAAAGCUCAAGCGAUAGACUUUAUUAAUACCCACGCGACGGACGUGAUGGACACACCCGGGUGGAAGUCGAUGAUCCAGACACAUCCGCAUCUCAUAGCUGAAGCAUUUCGCGCGCUAGCUACGCAACAGAUCCCGCCCAUCGGUCCACCACGCAAGCGCGUUAAACAGAGCUGAAGCAGUAACACUUGAUCGACACAAUAGACAGAUUAGUGAGUGAUCGUUGUCAUAGUCGUCGUCUUGUCUUCGUCGUCGUCUUUCUUUUUUCCUUUUUUUUUUUUUGUUUCGCGUUGUGCGUUCCACCACCAGAAAAUCUAUCGUAGGAGUUCUUGGAG